AUGUCUCAUCCAAACUAUGAUGUGUUUCUCAGCUUUAGAGGAGAGGACACUCGCGAAACCUUCACGAGUCAUCUUCAUGCAGAAUUGUGUAGGCAAAAUAUUGAAACAUUCAUAGAUGAUAGACUGGGCAGGGGCGAAGAGAUUUCCUCAGCAUUAUGUAAGGCAAUAGAAGAAUCAGCGAUUUAUGUGGUCAUUUUGUCACAACACUAUGCUUCUUCCAUUUGGUGCUUAGAUGAACUCACAAAGAUUCUCGAAUGUAAGCAGAGAUAUGGAAGGGAAGUAAUACCUGUCUUCUACAAGGUGGAUCCGUCAAAUGUUAGACAUCAAAGACAGAGUUAUGCAGAUGAUUUUGUUAAACAUCAUCUGCGAUUUGGCGACAAAGUGGAUGCAUGGAAGGACGCUCUAACCCAAGUAGCUAAUCUCUCUGGCUGGGAUUCACAAAAAAUCAGGCCAAAUAGCAAACUUGUUGAAGAGAUUGUGAAAGAUAUUAGGAAAAAAUUGAGUAGUUGUGUCUUAAAUGAUCACGAAAGAAAGAUUGGAAUGGACAAGCAUAUUGAAAAAAUUCAAACUUUGUUGCACCUCGAGUCAUCGACUGUUCGUAUUAUAGGAAUUUGGGGUAUGGGAGGGAUAGGCAAAACUGAAAUUGCAAGUGCAAUCUAUGAAAAACUCGCAACUCAUUUUAGUUUUACAGGCAUAGUUAAAAAUGUUCAACAGGAAAUAAAACUAUAUAGAGUAGAACAUGUAAAAAGCAAAUACUUAUCACACCUUCUAGUUCAACAAGAUAUUACUUCCUCCAAAUCCAAUAUUUCAUUUGAUCCGAGGCUCAAACAGAGAAAGGUUCUUCUUGUUUUUGAUGAUGUGAAAGAUUCUGAUCAACUUAUUGAUUUAAUCGGAACAUGUAGUAAUUUUGGCCCCGGAAGUAGAAUCAUUGUGACUAGUAGAGACAAACAAGUGCUUAAGAAUUCCAAUGUUGAUGAAAUAUAUCACGUAGUUGAGAUGGAUGAUAAAGAUUCUCUACAACUCUUCUGUUUGAAUGCCUUUAAACAAAAAGAACCAAUAGAAAUGUAUGUGAGUUUAACGAAAAAGGUAUUAGGUUAUGCGAAAGGAGUUCCAUUAGCUCUUAAAGUUUUGGGCUUAUUUCUUCAGUAUAGAACAAAGGAAGCAUGGGAAAGUCAGUUGCAAAAGCUUGAAAAGAAUCCCGAGCCUAAAAUUUUCAAUGUGUUAAAAUUGAGUUAUGAUGGACUUGACAACGAAGAAAAGGAAAUAUUUCUUGACAUAGCUUGUUUAUAUAGAGGAGAAACCGAGAAAUGUGUAGUUCAAACAUUGGAUUGUUUUGGUUUUUCUACUCGUAUUGGAAUGGACGUUCUUCAAGAUAGGUGUCUUAUAUCUAUUUCAGAAGGUAGGGUUUGGAUGCAUGAUCGAAUACAAGAAAUGGGACAUGAAAUUGUGCGACAAGAAAAUGUCAAUAAUCCAGAAAAACGUAGUCGAUUACAUAAACCUGAUGAUAUAUAUAAUGUUUUAAAAAAGAAUAAGGGACAAGGAACAGAUGCAAUUCAAAGUAUAAUAUUGGACGUAAGCGAAAUAAAGAAGGUUGAAUUACAUGCUAAAACUUUUAAGAAAAUGCAUAAUCUCAGAAUGAUCCAAUUUGAUGCGUUUCAAAAUUACUCCAAUGUGACCUUUCAUACAUUUCUUAAUAGUUUCCCGAAUAAUUUAAAGUUUCUCAAUUGGGAUUAUUUUCCUCAAAGAUCUUUGCCGCAAGACUUUUGCACGGAUAAUCUUGUUACACUUGAUAUGCCUUAUAGCAAUCUUGAACAACUUUGGGAGAGAGAUCAGACUAUACCAAAUUUGAAGAGACUUGACCUUGAAUAUUCUAAGAAGAUUAUUGGAGUACCAGAUCUAUCUUUGUUUCCAAAUAUUGAAGAAAUAAUUCUUACUGGCUGUGUAAGUUUGGAAAAAGUUUACUCCUCUAACUUCCUCCACAAGCUUAACUGCUUAUGUUUAGAUGGUUGUACAUCACUCAAGAGUUUAAGUAUUCGUAGCAAUAUUCUAUCAAGAUCAACUGGAUUUCUUGCUCUCGAGGGUUGUCACAACCUUGAAACAAUUUCAAUCACCAGUACAACAGAUUUGGUUGAAACCGUAAUACUGUCAAAAUUUGAGGGAGGCUACGGGUUUCAGCAUCCGUAUGAUUCUUCAGAAUCUUCUUGGUUAGAUCUUUCGGAAUGUGAGUCUCUAACAAGCCUACCAGCUGAACUCUUAAAUUUGAAGUUUCAAACAAUGCUUCGUCUCGACCAUUGUUUAAAGUUGGAAGAGUUACCUGAAAUUGAGGACACUAUGGAAAAUUUAAAAGUGCUCAGCUUAGACAAUACAGCGAUUAAAGAACUACCUUCGUCGUUGCAUCACUUGGUCGGGCUUGAAGAAUUAAGCUUGCAAGGUUGCAGAAAGCUUAAGACUAUUCCAUCUUCCAUUGGAAAUCUCAGCAAACUCCUCAAAUUACAACUUUGCGAAUGUGAAUCGCUUGAAACUUUUCCAAGCAGCAUUUUCAAAUUGAAGUUGACAGAACUUAAUUUUUACGGUUGCUCAAUGCUCAGGACCUUUCCAGAUAUCCCACGUGACAUUGGUCACUUGUCAUCCGUGACUCAAAUUUCACUGCAAGGAAGCAAUAUUGUGAAUCUUCCUGAGAGUAUGAUUCAUCUCUCGAGUUUGAAAUCACUUAAUUUAAGUGAUUGCAAAAGCCUUGAAUGUAUUCCAAAGCUUCCUCCGUGGCUAAAAGAGUUGUUGGCAUUUGAUUGCACGUCCAUUAAGAAAAUGGUGCCAAAUUCAUUGUUGUCUGAUUCCAACGACGAAAUGGAUGGUUCCUAUGAAUUUCGCCUCACCAACAGUGAUGAUUUAGACUCAUAUUCUUGGAGUUAUAUCGUAAACAAAGCAUGGAUUAAGAUCACUGAUGAUGCAUGUCUGUCAGCGCUAAUCUGUUUUCCAGGGAGUAGAGUUCCGGAUUGCUUCCUUCAUCGUGGCCAGGGACAUUCAGUAACUGUGAAAAACAAUGAUGAAUAUGCGUGCAGUGAAAACAGGCUCGUUGGUUUCGCUCUCUGUGUUGUUUUGGGAGGUGAAGAUAUGUAUGAGUCAAGAAUAGUAGGUAGUAGCAUUCCAUACAACUUAAGCUUUAAAUCCAAUGGUAAACGAUAUCUUUUUCAGAACAAAUUGAAAUGUAAGCAUGAAGGUCGGUUUAUCCGAGAUCACACAUAUCUAUGGAAAUAUCGAUUAAACCGAACAAGGAUUGGCAAAAACCUCAUUCAUGUCCAAAACAUCACUUUUGAGAUGCUAGGUAAUUCUUGGCUCUCAGAUUAUCGUUUAAAUGUCACUGUGAAAGAGUGUGGAAUACGUCCUCUGUAUAUUACCCAAGAACCAAAUGCGAGCAAAGCUGUACAAUAA